AUUACAUUAUCAAUUAUUUAAACAUAUAAACGAAAUCGUUUGACAAAACUAAACAAUGUUAUUGAGACUUAAAACUUCUGCGCAUCUGGACACUUCCAGCCAUACUUUUCAAUAGAAUUAUGGGUCAAACCAAGGGUCAAACUAAAGAUUUGCCUUAUGAGGUUAAAUCAUCUGAAGAAUUAGGGCGAUAUCUCGUAGCAUCUCGAGAUUUAGCCCCUGGUGAGAUUAUCCUCACAGAACCUCCAAUUGUUUUUGGACCCAAAGCGAUGCCGGAUCCAGAAGCUAAGAUGCCUUGCGUUGGUUGUUAUAAACCUAUAUUUACCGAUGUUGGAGAGCGGUGUUCUAGUUGCGGCUGGCCAGUAUGUUCUGGUAACUGCCCAGGUCUAACAGACCCUCGGCAUCACGGCCUCGAGUGUCAAGUGUUGAGAGCAAGACCUGAAUGCGUACUUGACAAUAUGGCGGAUUAUUAUAGGCACGACGCCCUCCUACCACUACGCUGUGUCCUACUGCAGAAGACUGAUCCCGAAAGAUGGCGACUGGUGCUCGACCAGCAAUCUCACAUGGAGAGCAGAUUACCAGGCUCGGAGGCAUAUGAGGAAGCGAAUGAAUUCAUCGUCGAGUAUCUCAUCAACAAUUUCAUCGAUAAACUCGAUAGCGGCGUUAAAGCAAAAUAUCUUCCAGAAAUUUCCAAAGAACUGUUACAUAGAAUGUGCGGUAUUAUCGAUACAAACGCGCUCGAAAUACGGCUGCCUGAAGGAAGUGAACUUAAUGGAUUGUACGCUCAGACAAGUAUAAUGGAACACAGUUGCAUACCAAACACAAAACAUACUUUUACCGUGGAUACCAAAGAUAAAAACAAUCUUUACAAUAUAUCAGUAAAAGUGGUCAUUCCUAUAUUAAAAGGUGAACAUAUAGCAACUAUGUACAGUCACGCGUUGUGGGGAACACAAGCAAGACGACAACAUUUACGAGAUACCAAAUAUUUUUCAUGUAAAUGUCCACGAUGUAGUGAUCCUACUGAACUCGGUACUUAUUUAAGCGCUAUGAAGUGUAUGGGCGAUGGUAAAGAAGUGUGCGAUGGGAUUCAUUUACCAGAAGACCCGUUAGAUGACGAAACAGAAUGGGCCUGCAGUAAAUGCAAAGUGAAGUUAGGUAAUUCUCAAAUCAACGGUUUAAUAGCUCAAAUGGGAGAAGACGUGGAUAAUGUUCUUAUGAUAGGUGGAUCGGUGCCGAUGUUAGAAAAUAUAUUGUGUAGGUUAUCAACGUUUUUACAUCCGAACCAUUAUCAUAUGUAUUCUAUAAAACAUUCACUCGUUCAAUUAUACGGAAGACAGUCCAGUUACAUGACGGAAGAUAUACUAGAUAAAAAGAUUAAAAUGUGUAAAGAUCUUAUUUUUAUAACUAAAACAUUAGACCCGGGUAACGCUAGACUUAGCUUAUAUAGUGCUGUUUUACAUCAUGAGCUCCAUUCAGCGUUAGUACUUAAAUCUAAAAAAGUUAAGAGUGAUGGAACGAAAAUAACAGUUGAUGAAAUUAAACAAUUAUUAGCAGAAGCUAAUAAUUCUAUAAACAUAGCAUUAGACGCACUAAAAGAUGAUAUUGAAGAAGCAUCAGGUAAAAAACUAAUUGACGUUAUUGCUAAAAGCAAAAGUGAUUUCGAAAGGUUUUGCAAAGAAAAGAACAUAGAUUUGUUGUAACAUUUAUUCAUUGGACAAAAACAUUAAAAAUAAAUAACAUUAAAACUAAUAUCACAGUUAUAUUUGUUUUGAUGGUAACUAAAAGCUCAAAUGACUACUGUUGACUGUAAUUUUAAAAAGAAAAAUCUUAGAAAACUAAACUAGACUAGACGCUAAAACUAUUGCUAACUCCUAGAGAACUUAAAGAAAGAUUUUAAAGACCUAGUAGAAUCAUCAGCUACGCUUUCUUGGAUCCACGCUGUGUAUCUAGAUAUCCUUGUGUAGAUACCAGGCAUUCUGACUCUAGCACAGCCACUACCAGUCGAGACUACUCCAAUAACCAUGGUCCUGCCGCUGUCGCUCUUCAUCAUGAGGGGACCACCGCUGUCAGCCUGUAAUUGUGAUUAGACGCAUUUAGUACGCAUUGUAAAUACUUUUAUGUUUGUGUUUGUAAUUGAAAUAAAUCUUAAGAAGUAUUGAAA